GAAACAUAUUUAAGUUAAAAAAUCUUGCCUGAAUUAAUUCAUUACAGUUGAAUGUAAGCCUUUGAGAAAAUGAAUCCAAUAACUGUUGCACGUUUACUGUUUUCCUUUCUGGGAUGUUUCAAUAUCAUCAAUGCAGCAUCAAUUCCUUCCAAUGCAGCAUUAAUACCGUCAAAUGGCAGGAGUGUAGAAGGUGUAAACGUUGAUAUUAGAGAGUAUCCUUAUCAGGUCGCACUGCUGUAUAGCUCGUCUCCAAUUUGCGCCGGAUCAAUUUUAAACCGAAAGUGGGUUCUUACUGCUGCACAUUGUCUUUCACGGAGUAACUUCCUUCUCCGAUACUCCGUUCGCGCAGGAUCGAAUUACAGAAACACCGGUGGCGUUUCAGUCCCAGUUGUUUCUACCCGCACUCAUUCACGCUAUAAUUCGGGAAGUCUUGAUUACGAUAUUGGAGUCGCUUGGUUACAAUCUGAAUUGACGUAUGGAAGUUCAAUUAGGCCUGUUGAAUUACCCUUACCAAAUGAUUAUAUUCGUCCUCGUACCACUGCUACAACAACUGGAUGGGAAGAUGACGUCUCAGGUUCUCACCUGCGAGGUGUCUCCGUACAGAUUAUCGAUAACGAUGUCUGCCAGGACAGCUAUUACGACAGCAGAGUAAUAACCGACAACAUGAUUUGCGCAGGUUUUGCUUCAAGUAACACUUGCCAGGGUGAAUCGGGUGAACCAUUGGUUGCAUCAGAGUACGGUCAAUUGGGUAUUGCUUCAUGGGGCAACGAUUGCGGCCGUGCUGGACCCUACGGUGUGUACACACGUGUUUCUGCUUUUAGAACUUGGAUCAACUCGCAAACUGGAGUAUAAGUACUAUCUACUUAUUCUUAAUUGAUGUAAAGUCAAAAUAAAAUACACUGCAAGCAAA